ACCUGCGGGUAUACCAUGGCGGCUGCUGCUGUUGUUGAUAAUGACAGUCCCAGUGGCCGUGGUGUAUCCCGUGGGGCUGUGGAGGUGUCGUGCGGGGCCGGCGGUGCGCUGCGUGUACGCCCCGCUGCUGAGAGCGAGUGGCUUACAUGCGGUGCGGGCAGCCGUGUGCCUGCAUGUGUGAAGUACGCAGACCUCUGCCGCCAGCGUACCGCAAGAACAACAAGAACAGCAACAACUACUACUGCUACUACUGUUAAUGCUGGACGGCCAAAGGCGGUGAUGGCUUUUUUUGGCAACAGAAAUCAUUCAGAUGGCGGUUACAUUUUUAAUUGGAACGAGGGUCCAGAAGAAAAACCACCAGCUACCCCAGUUGACCUUCUUGGCAACAAACGUGCAGCGAGUUUUCCUUUAAGCGAUACAGAUGGACUACAUAAGACUAAUGAAGACAAAAGCGCUUCUGGGGUAGAGGCAACAGCAAACAUGGAUCGGCUGGAGAAGGUCGUACCGGCUGCAACCCCUAAACCUGUUGAGAAUGUUGAUUCUAAUGUGGUAGAACAGGAGAGGGAACAUGGCUCAGCGCAUGAAAAUUUGCAUUCUUCAGGAAAACAGUUAACUCAGCCGGUAAAUACUGAUGAGGGAAACCAAAGGGAUGAACCAAAUGCCAAAGAUAGUACGGGAAAUAGUAAUGAAGCUCAUCUCUCUACCAACACAGUUGAUACAACGAGUGGUUCUGUUACCCAACCCACUGCGGGUGUAAGUACAACUGAUAACAAUAACUCAGCGAACAUGGACUCAAACAAUGCCAACACAUCCAGUAAUGAGGAAUCAACCACUGCUACCAUUACCACCACCACCAUAACAACAACAACACUUCCUCCUGUUCCUGUACCCAACGCAGAUAUCAACAACGUCGCUUCCACUAUGAAGAACAGACCCAAUGUUGACAGCAGUGUCAAUCCUGUGUGGAUGCGCACUGCAGCACCCCUGUUGAUUGUGGGUGUGUUGUUCUCCUUUACUGUGUACUGA